AUGAACGCACUAGUGACUGUUGCCACGUGCAAUCUGAAUCAAUGGGCGCUGGACUUUGAUGGUAAUCUGGAGCGUAUCAUAAAGUCCAUCCGCAUAGCUAAAGAACGCGGUGCACGCUAUCGUGUCGGUCCAGAGCUCGAAGUAUGCGGCUACGGCUGUGAGGAUCAUUUUCUAGAACAAGACACAUUUUAUCACUGCUGGCAAUCUCUCGAGUCGAUUCUUCGCUUGGAUGUAACGAACGACAUCUUGUGUGAUAUUGGAAUGCCUGUCAUGCACAAUGGCGUGCGCUACAAUUGCCGCGUCUUCUGUCUGAACAAGCGCAUUGUAUUGAUCCGUCCCAAGCUCUUCUUAGCAGACGACGGCAACUACCGUGAGACACGAUGGUUUACCACAUGGAAACCCAAUUUAGAUACAGGCACGUCACGUGGUCUUGAUACAUUCGUGCUGCCUGCGAGUCUUCAAAAACUUACAGGCGCCGUGCACGUGCCUUUUGGCUUUGGUGCCGUGUCUACGCUUGACACGUCGUGUGCGUCCGAAGCCUGUGAAGAGCUCUUUACGCCCGAUAGUCCACACAUUAACCUCAGUCUGGCGGGUGUGGAGAUUAUUGGCAAUGGCUCUGGAUCGCACCACCAGCUGCGCAAGCUUCACCAGCGCAUGGACCUGAUCCGUGGAGCUACCACCAAGAGCGGUGGUGUGUACCUGUACGCCAACCAACAGGGAUGUGAUGGUGGCCGUCUGUACUAUGACGGCUGUGCUGUUAUUGUGGUGAAUGGUCAAGUGGUUGCACAGGGUUCACAGUUCUCGGUCACGGACGUGGAGGUCGUUUCGGCUACUGUGGAUCUUGAUGAUGUUCGAUCGUAUCGCGGCUCUGUUAGCAGUCGUAGUGAGCAAGCAAGCUCGCUGGACUCUGUGAUUCCCAAAAUCCACGUCGAUUUUAGUUUGUGCCAUGAUGAAAAUUCAUUUACUCAGCCUACUACUCCUGUCAUCGAAGUGAAGUAUCACGCGCCAGAAGAGGAGAUUGCGCUAGGUCCAGCAUGCUGGAUGUGGGAUUACUUGCGUCGAAGCGGAGGAAGCGGGUUUUUCUUGCCUCUUUCGGGUGGGGCGGACUCCUCGUCCGUAGCAUGUAUCGUCGGUGUGAUGUGCCACCUCGUGGCUGACGCCGCCAACAAGGGUGACGAGCAAGUUAGGAAAGACGUCCAGAGAAUUAUGGGCACGUCAGAUCAAGAGUAUCAGCCCCUGACGCCUGCCGAUCUGGCUUCACAUAUUCUCCACACCACGUACAUGGGUUCAACGAAUAGCUCGGCUGCUACCAAGAAGCGCGCUGCAACGCUCGCAAGCGAGAUCGGGUGCUACCAUCUUAGCAUGGGUAUGGAUGUCAUGGUGGAUGCUGUUGUCAAAACUUUUUCCCUUCUAACAGGCAAGACGCCUCAGUAUCUGUCUCGAGGAGGCACCAUGCAGGAGGACCUGGCGCUUCAGAAUAUCCAGGCGCGCCUUCGUAUGGUGAUGGCUUACCUUCUUGCCCAGCUUUUGCCGUGGGUGCGCUCCAAAACUGGCUUCUUGCUCGUGCUCAGUUCUGGUAAUGUCGAUGAAGCGUUGCGUGGAUACAUGACCAAGUACGAUUGCAGCAGUGGCGACUUGAACCCGAUUGGCGCGGUGUCAAAGGGCGACCUGAAAAAACUUCUGCGUUGGGCAGCUGUCGAAUACAAUUACCCCACUCUACAGACUGUGGAGGAAGCUCCUCCAACGGCGGAGCUUCGUCCCACCGACGAGAAUGCAAAAGAAGACGCUGACCAUUCUCAGCUUGAUGAAGAGGACAUGGGCAUGACGUAUGACGAGCUAGGAUUUUUCGGUCGGCUGCGUAAAAUUGACCGCUGUGGUCCCUAUUGGAUGUUCCGCAAGCUCACGCACUUGUGGAGUCACUUGGGGCCCACUGUUGUGGCAACGAAGGUCAAGCGGUUCUUCUUUUAUUACUCUAUCAACCGCCAUAAGAUGACUACAUUGACUCCGUCCUACCAUGCUGAGAAUUACUCGCCUGAUGACAACAGAUUCGACUUGCGCCCCUUCCUCUACAACUCGCGUUGGACUCGCCAGUUUGACUCCAUCGACACGCUUGCUAUGAAGCUGGAGGAGAAAAAAGAGCAGUAA